AUGGAACACUUUCGCACCCACUUGAGCUCCUCUCAAUCUGGCUUCAUGCCUCAGCGCUUCAUUGGUGAACCAGCUAUGAUUUUACAUUGCGCCCAAUUUCUUGCCACGGCCACUCAAUCCACGUCCAUUGCUUUACUGUUAAAUCAGGAGAAGGCAUAUGAUCGGGUCAAUCUUGACUACCUUUCCGCUGUACUCACUGCCUUUAACAUGCCUCCUCAAUUAACAUCAUCACUGCUUGCGUUGUUGGCUACCACUCAGGUACAGGUUAACAUCAAUGGAAAUCUGUCCGCCCCGUUUACUACCCGCCGCGGCAUGCGCCAAGGGGAUCCCGUUAGUUCGCUAUUGUUCAACAUCAUUUUCGAUCCCUUCUUCCGUGCUAUCAACAACCAUCCGGAUAUUCAGGGCUUUGAUUUUGACUAUAUUGCUAACACUAAUUCACGUUUCCCCACAACACUUACUCAUCACGUUCCUGUAGCCGACCCAGUCAAAGUUCUUGCGUAUGCAGAUGACACACUCGUCUUCCUCAACGAUCUUGGUGAAUUUUACCAGCUUCAACAACUAGUCAGUAGGUAUGCCGAUGCGUCCAAUGCCUCCCUUAACUACCACAAAACGCAAGCAUUGUCUCUCUCUGGCGCCUCACAUGCAUCCUGGAUCGCCGGCCUUAGAGCGACAGGCAUCUCCUCGUGGCAUGAUAAGACCGCGACUAGUCCCAUUACAUAUCUCGGCUACCCUGUUCGUUCGUCGCCUAUACAACGGGUUUCAUACGUCAAUGACUUACUAACUCGUUUACGCGAUCUUUGUCGUCUUCAUUCCAUUCGUACCCUCACCCUUCGUGGCCGGGUUACGGUGCUGAACUCCCUUUUGUUCUCAAAAGUGUGGCAUGUCGCCCGUCUGUUUCCUUUCUCGGCUACCGAUAUCCGCAAACUACAACAUAUGGGCGCUUCAUUUGUUAAUAACCAGGCGAAACUAACCCGUUUUUCUUUCAGCACUCUUUGUCUACCUCGAUCUCAAGGUGGUCUAAAUCUGUUGGAUCCCGCUAAACAGAUCAAUGCUCUUCAGUGGCGAUGGUUACACCCUCUUUUGCAUCCGGCAAACCCCACUCCUCCUACCAAGACCUCAAUUCCUUACAUACGUGUCAUACUCAACUUCUUUCUCGCUACUCCCUCUUAUCCUACCUACCAUUGGUCCCUUCUUUCCCCUGCUUGCCGACCAUCCCGUUCAACAGUCAUCACUGCCCCACUCUACAACCUCCUUCGAGCCGUCGAUGCUAUUGCCCGCAAGUUUGGUGUUUGCCAUGUUCCCUUUAGUACUUGUCUGCGCCUCCCGCUUGCAACUCUAAUCGAACAUAGUCUGCCAUCAUCUCAUAGCCUCUCGGCUACAUUCUGCUCCCCACAGGAAGUGACUGUACGCUGUCCUGGCGUUCUUACCCUCACAGGUAACGAUGUUUUAACCUUUGACCCAGCAACUCAAGCCCUCCAAGUUCGAACCUCAACACGCGGCCUCCCUCACCCUACAACCAGCCGUCGAGCCCUUCAACUCCUACAAUCUGAACAACUACUCUUCGCCAACUUCGUUCAUUUCAACCGGCUUCAUCUCGUCCCUCGUCCAGUCAUCCACCACAUCGACCUCUCUACCAUCACCAGCUAUACCGAAAGUAUCACCCAUAUCUCUACUCUUCUCAUUUCCUUAAUGUCAUCCUCAUUUUCCUUUGAGUCCCAUUCCUUCCUUAUGUCUCUCCCUACUAACCAAGGGUAUAAAUCCCUUCCUCUACAUACUAACAUAUCCUCUUUCUUGUUUCCCUUAGGUGUUGCCAAAUGGAAGCAAUUUUGGGCCCUCCAAAUACCUUUGAACGCUCGCAAUACUUGGUUUCGGAUACUUCAUGAAAAAGUUACUACUAGACAUUUACUCCACCAACGUAUGCGCGACCAAUUUCCGCCGUACUGCCUUCAUUGUCAGUCUUCGUCCUCCACCACACCACCUGUCAUCGAAGACACAGAGCACUUCCUAUUCUCCUGUCACCUCAAAUUGGAAGUUUGGCGCCAUUCUCUCUCUCUCUCUACAUCUCCCCUCGCUUCGCCCACUUCGCCUACGAGGAAUAUUUAG